AGAGAAUUUCCAAGAGCCUGGAGCUGAUGCAAGUCCUCAUGGGAACAUGCGAGAUAACCAAGUAGCAAAAGGCAGUGGCAAGGUCCAGGCGAGAGCAGUGCAGCCACAGCCAGGGCAGCAUGGCAGGGCUCCACGUCCGCUCUCUUCUGGUGACUGGGGCCAACCGAGGCAUCGGCCUGGGGCUCGUCCAGCAUUUCCUGAGGAUGCCAAACCCACCACAGUGGAUCUUUGCGACCUGUCGGGACCCCAAGGGACAGAGAGCGCAGGAGCUACAGAAUUUGGCUUCCAAGCACCCCAACAUCAUCAUCAUCUCGCUCGAGGUCAGCGACCCCACCAGCAUCAAGGCAGCUGCAGCCAAGGUUGGGGAGCACUUGGGGGGCUCUGGGCUGAACCUCCUCAUCAACAAUGCUGGAAUUGUGAAGCUGAACACACUUGAUACCGAGACAUUUGAGGAUAUGAGGGAGAUUUACACCACCAACACGGUUGGACCCCUGCUGAUGGGCCAGGCGUUUCUGCCCUUGCUGAAGAAGGCUGCCCAGGGGAGCCCAGGCUCAGAGCUGAGCUGCAGCAAGGCUGCCAUCAUCAACAUGUCCAGCAUUGGCGGCUCCAUCGCUUCUUCCUAUGGUUGGGAGUUGAUGCAGAUCACCUCGUACCGCUGCAGCAAGGCUGCUCUGAACAUGCUGAGCAGGUGCCAGUCCCUGGCGUACAAGGAGCACGGCAUCCUCUGCGUGGCUCUCCACCCUGGCUGGGUGCAAACUGACUUGGGCAGCUGUGCCGGACACGCGCCCCCUGUGACAGUGGAUGACAGCGUGCAAGGGAUGCUGAAGGUCCUCUCCUCCCUCUCUGAGAAGGACACUGGUGCCUUCCUGGACUGGGAAGGGAACGUCUUACCCUGGUGAGACACCACUUCAGGAUCCUGGCAGCCAAGAGCUACCUUUGGCACUGCUCCCACCUCCCCCACAUCCUCAAUAAACUCCUGCUGAGACCCCCA